AUCAAGUGUAAAACCAAUAAAUUACAAAAAAAAAAAAACCAAUAAAUUACAACUGUUUUGUCCUGUAACUAUUUAAGUACGUAUUACCAACAUUUUUUUUUUUAAACACGCCAACAUUUGUAUAUUAGAGAAAACUAUAAACAAAAGAGUGAAACUAACUAACAAACAAAAAAACUGCAUUAGCCAAAAUGGUUUUCAUGACUUCUCUAGUUCUCUUCACUCAUUCAAAAACAACCUUUUCUUCUUCUGUUAUUUAUUGCACACUCAUACAAAUUUGCAGUACAAGCAACACCUCUUAAACCAAUCCUACAAAACCCCCACACACACACAAACUGAACAAAAAUCAAACGUAACAAAGAUUAUAGAGAAAGAAAAAAACAUGACAAACCUAACUCACUCUUUGCUCUUCUUCUCCUGUUCCUUAUCUCUAGUUAUAUGUGUGGCCAUUGCAGGAAGUAGACCUGCUCAUGGUCCAGCUUAUUUAAACCCAUCUGCUUUUUCUCCAGAAGCUUACGAUUUCUUUCACCCAAAAUCAUCACUAACUGACAAUAAUUCACCAAGAAACUCGCAUUCUUUGCCAUUUCUUUCACCUUCACCUUCACCUUCAAUGACAUCUAAUGUAGAAGCUGAUACACAAGGAAGUAAAGUUUCAUCAGACGAACACAUAGGUGAUAGUAGAAGAGAAGAAGGACGAGGUGAAACCGUUGGAAUAGUGUUAGGCGUUUCUUUCACAGCUCUUCUUUUAAUGGGAGUUUACUUUGUGAUCAAGAAACGACUGGCUAAUUUAACCCGCACGAUUGUAAUCCACUCUGAUGCUUGAUCAAGAAUAUGUCAUUAUCAAGUAAUUAAUUAUUGAUUUUGCAUGCA